UUCGACGACCUGUAACCGCAACACUCCACACGACUUGCCACCGCCGCGGCUUCGAACGUGCUAGGCCGUGAUGGAGCCACUGUCGUCGCGAAGCAUGGGGACCUCCUCCGCAUCCUCGCGCACCAACAACCAGAACCGCAAGUAUCGUCGGCUAGCGUCUAAAGAGAGCGUCGACGACACGCUGUUUGGGUCAACAUCGUCCCGAUCGGGGGUUGGUACGCGCCAGGGCAAACAAGGAACCAAACGAAGUCAACUUGCUGGCCGCGAGAUUGUAAAUGGGUCGACAAACCAAGAAACGGAGCCAGAUACCAAACUCACAGCUUCUCCUGCUGCUGCUGCAUCGCCAAAGCGAGUUCGACCCAGCGACGUGUGUGCCGUCCUGCCAGUAAACGAACUACAGCGCAUCCGGAACGAGACGCGCAUCUUGACGGAUUCUGAAAUCGAAGCCAUUGCCGCUCAAAAAGAAGCCGACGCGGAAAACCUACGCAUGCAUGCCAAGGCCCGCAAGCAACACAUGAUGGAACGCGCGGCGGAAGCGGCGAAACGCGCGCCAAAGUCGGAGAUUGAGACGUUGUUUGACCAAGAAAACGACGCGAUUCGAAAACGCGCGGCGGUGUUGAAAGAUCAAGCCCACGACAGCGUCAAGUUGAUGAAGACAUUGGGGGCGCGGGCAGCGGCGUUUACGAUACGCGACGAGCAAAUUAAACGCAAGAAAAAGAUCGAAGAAGAUCAUGACAAGCAAAACGACCAGAUCAACUUGAUGAUGGAGCUGGAUCGGUUGGAAGGGUUAAAGCGGCAGGAAGACAUUGCCGACGAAAAAAAGCUCAAACGCAUGCAUGACCGCAAAGUUCUAGAGGAACAGAUCCACGAACGCCGGUUGUUUAACGAACGUGCGCAGAAACUCGUCGAGCAAGAAGCCGGCGAAAUGCUAGAGAAAAUCUGCCAAGCCCAGCAGGAAGAAGCCAUUCGCGAUAAACAAAAGGUAGCACGCGCCCAGAAAGCCAUGGACGAAGUGCGGGCGUUCAACCAAGCGGCCAUGCUGAAAAAACAACAACACGCCCAGCUCAUUGCGCUAGAAGAUGAAAAGGUCGUGGCAUAUCAGCGCAAAAAAGACGAGGACGCGCGGCUCCGCGAAGAACAAGACGCGCGCAAGCGGCAGGAAGCCGAACUCCGCUGCGCCAAGCUGCGGUCGACCCAGGAACGAGCGGCCAACGAGAAAGCGCAGCUGGACGAGUUGAGGGCCAAGCGCGCGGUGGAAGCGCGGGAGCGCGCGGCGCGCGAGGCGGACGUGGCCAUGGAACGCAAAAUGAAGAAGGAGAUGGAUGAACUCCGAGUGUCACGGGAGGCGCAGGCGAUGCACCGCCAACGAUCCAAGAUCCAAGAAGCGCUGCAGCAGAAACAUGAGUAUGAAAACAUCAUCGGCCAAGUUGAAGCGGACAAACGGCAGUUCCAGGACCGAGAGGAACAGCUCCAUAAGAAACGGACAGCGCACCGCGUGGCGCUGCAAAAGCAGAUUGAAGACAAGCAAGUGCUCGCCAAGGAGAAAUUUGUUAAAGUCCAGCUCGAAGGCAAGGCUCUCAAGCAAGAGUAUGCGGACGAACUGCAGAAACUCGAGCACAUUCGCAUCCAAGAAGUCGCCGAGUUGGAAGCCGCGGGCGUGAACCCGUCCUACUUGUCCGAGAUGAAAGCGCUCGACAUUGCCAAAGCUAGAGACUGUUGAGAGAGACCGACCACGUGGGUGUGUUCUGCGAGUAGACAGAUAUACCGACUAAUCAGAGAUGAAAACCAUGACGGACCAAUAUGACUAACUGCGAGACUACAGUCCGGAACAAAACUAUAGACGC